UUAUCCCACUUUGUUACAAUACUCCUUCCCUUUAUAAAAUACCAUGCUCCCUCACCCUUGCAUACACUUUGCAACCCCCAAGAAUUAUCCCAAAUUACUACUCUCGCUCGCUCGCUCGCUCUCUCUCUCAGCCUCCAAGAAGAGAGAUACAGAUAGAUAACAGAUAGUUUUAUAUACAGAGAGACAGAGAGAGAGGGGGGGAGGCGAGAGUUUAUGGAAUGGAAACUAACAAUUCAGUCGCGCCGUUCGUCUUGAAGACUUAUCAGAUGGUGAGCGAUCCGACGACCGACCGGCUCAUCUCCUGGGGCAAAGCCAACAACAGCUUCAUCGUCGUUGACCCAUUGGAUUUCUCCCAGCGAAUCCUCCCCGCCUACUUCAAACACAACAAUUUCUCCAGCUUCGUCCGUCAACUCAACACAUAUGGAUUUAGGAAGGUGGAUCCAGACAGAUGGGAAUUCGCUAACGAGUGGUUCCUGCGAGGGCAGACGCAUUUUCUGAAGAACAUAGUGAGACGGAAGCACCAUAGAAAUAGCAGUUCGUUGCAGAAGCACGAGGAUGAAGAAGACGAGGAGAUAUUAAUGGAGAUUGCGAGGUUGAAGCAAGAGCAGAAGACUCUGGAGGAGGAGCUCGAUCUCAUGAACAAGCGCCUCGAGGCCACGGAGAAACGGCCGCAGCAGAUGAUGGCUUUCCUCUACAAAGUCGUCGAAGACCCAGAGAUUAUUCCUCGGAUGAUGCUCGAGAAAGAGCGGACCAAGCGGCUCACCGGAGACAAGAAGAGGCGACUGUUGAUCUCUUCGUCUUCCUCGCCUCCGUCGUCGUCGUCCGGGCCGGCGGCCACCAGCUCGACGUCGGUCAAAAGCGAGGAGGGAGAAGAGGGCACCACCCUAGGGGCAGUUUCGUCAAUUUCACUCCCCGACAUCCCGGCUUUCUGCCGCUCCCCGGCCUCGCCUGAGCCGACGUCCGCGGGGUGGUUAAGCCAAAGACAAGUCACGGGUACACAGCAACAAUCUUACGCCUUUGGCACCAUUUCUGGCUAUCAUCACCAGAUGCCGCCGGCGGGUUCCGCCGCCGUGGCUGGCGGGUUGUGGGCGGCUGUGAAUAGCGGUUCCGGGGAUGUGGAUUACUUUGGAGGAAUAAAAGAUGGGGCGGAGGCCAGGCCACCGCCUUAUCCAUUCUCACUGUUAGGAGGUGGCUUUUAGAUGCUACACAAGAUUUAUUGUGUAUUUUCUUUCUUCUGUAUUAUCAUCUUAUUUUCCAGUGAACAUAUCAGACAUAAAAAAAAAAAGUAUUCACUUGCGAUGACGUUGAGAAAAUUAA